GCUGCUGGGGGCACGACUGGCUUGCCAAGUUUGUAGUGACACCUCUCAGAUUCCCUCACUCCCUGCUUUUUGGAUCUAUCACCGUGACCGUUUGUACAUAGGCAGAUUGGGGUGUUUUUUUGCCUCUUUUUUCUCCAAGAAAACUGGAAUUCUUUUGGGAGCUAAUGGAUACUGAGGACGAUCGUAAAAAAUCUCCUUUUGAAUCUGUAAAAGAGGUGCAUGAAGAAAUUGCUUAAAUUCAGCCAUCAAUUUAGCUUCAUACUAAGCACUUCGAAGUAUUUAUGAUUGCAGAGCAGGUGCAAGCGAGGAUUAGUAAUAAGGAUAUAGACCUGCGGCUAACUGGAUUUGAUUUAUAAGAGGGGAUUCUGCAGUAAAUGGCCGCUCUCUUCAUAUUGCUGCUAUGGAAAACAGAAUUGUCAAUAGGAUGUAGUCUGAUAAAUAGUGCUGAGUGAAGAUGCAGCUUCAAUAAGUGUGAAAUCAAUGGAAGAUACUUACCGCAUGAAAAGCCUUUUGAGAUUUCUCUGACAGGCUCCCAUCCAGGAAACUUGCUGUGUUUCCUUUGGUCGCCCUGUUUUGACGCCAGUGGAUACAAAUCAGAUUGCUUCACUGUCGUUACACAACUAAUGUGGGACCAUGGCCUUCCCAAGCUCCAUGUGGCUGAACUGCGUGUGGAGAGCGCUGACAGUCCGCCUGUUGCACGUGGGAUUGAACGCCAGUUUUGCUCUUUGUACACUCGGAUUUUUGCUUCACGCUGCGGCUGUGUCCUCCCAAAAAUUGGAUGAUACCAACCCAGUGGUGACCACCAACUUUGGCAAGAUAAGAGGGAUUAAGAAGGAACUUAAUAAUGAAAUUUUGGGGCCUGUUAUUCAGUUUCUCGGGGUUCCAUAUGCCGCCCCUCCAACUGGGGAGCGCCGCUUCCAGCCUCCUGAGCCUCCGUCUCCCUGGGCAAAUAUCAAAAAUACCACUCAGUUUGCUCCAGUGUGUCCCCAGAACAUCAUAGAAGGCAGGUUGCCUGAAGUCAUGCUUCCCGUGUGGUUUACUAAUAACUUGGAUGUAGUUUCCACCUAUGUGCAAGACCAGAAUGAAGACUGCCUCUACUUAAAUAUCUAUGUCCCAACCGAGGAUGCACGUGUAUUUUAGGUCAAAGUUGG